CCCGCUUGCUGUGGGCGAUCGUCUUUAACCCCCGCGAGCACGUCAGCCUCCAGCCACCGCGGCGCUCGCCCUGCAGGAGGACUCCGGGACGAGCCCUUCCGCGACGGAUGGAGACCGAGCCCCGCCGAGGACCUGCCCCCGAAGGUCUGGCGUCCGCAGCUCAAGUCACCACUGUGACCAAGGGACCCUAAAGAAUGGCCGAGCCUUGGGGGAACGAGUUGGCGUCCGCAGCUGCCAGGGGGGACCUAGAGCAACUUACUAGUUUGUUGCAAAAUAAUGUAAACGUCAAUGCACAAAAUGGAUUUGGAAGGACGGCGCUGCAGGUUAUGAAACUUGGAAAUCCUGAGAUUGCCAGGAGACUACUGCUUAGAGGUGCUAAUCCCGAUUUGAGAGACCAAACUGGUUUCGCUGUCAUUCACGAUGCAGCCAGAGCAGGUUUCCUGGACACAUUACAGACUUUGCUGGAGUUUCAAGCUGAUGUUAACAUCGAGGAUAAUGAGGGGAACCUGGCCUUACACUUGGCUGCCAAAGAAGGCCACCUCCAGGUGGUGGAGUUCCUGGUGAAGCACACGGCCAGCAAUGUGGGGCAUCGGAACCAUGAGGGGGACACCGCUUGCGAUUUGGCCAGGCUCUACCGGAGGAAUGAGGUGGUUAGCCUCAUGGAGGGAUGUGGGGCCGGGGGAGCUCCAAAUCCCCAGUGAAUGUGAGGAAAGCUCUCCCACAAUGGGUCCACUUUUUCAGUUAAUUGGUUUGGUUGGCUGUCCUCACCAUUUUUAAUAUUUGUUAAAAUCCAGCUUUGUCCUAUUUUAAGCAUCUAGUUAAGUCUUUUGAAACUGCAUAAGCAAAAAUCUUACAAGUCUAUGAAUAUAUUUAAGCAACAUUUUUUUACACCUGCAAAAGCCUUAGUUCUAACAUGUAAUUGAAAACAGCUUUGGCUUUCUUAUGAAAAUUUUAUCUUUCCUUGACUUUUUCCUAGCUUUGUCCUUUAUCACACAUAAUACCCAACUUGGAUACUUUGUUUUAAAACAUGGUUUAUCCUGUGCUUCUUUUGCCUAAUUAAAACACUUUCCAAACAGAACAAUGUUUUUCUGUGAUUUCCACUCCUCUGUAACCCUCUCUGUGGGAGAAAGACGUGGCUCUCUGCUUCCUUAAAGACUAGGCUGGGGAAUCCUCUGGGCAGUUUACUUUGUCCUCUAGGGUCACUAAUGAGUUGAAAUGUACUCAAAGUCAUUUUACAAUUUGCCACUUGACAAUGAAAACUGUAUUAAAAAGUUCAGGGUAUUUUAAGCCUUGACAUUUGAAAAACCAGAUCAGUUGUAAAAUCAGACAUUCUAAUGACUUUGUCUCUUCUUUUGCUUCCCACACCCCCAACACAAAAUAUUUUACACAAUAUUUCUGCUUAAAACAAUAAUCACUGCAUAUGUUUGAAGCUCAAAUGUAAGAGUAUUUCAGUGUGAAUUUCUCUUAAUGUUAAUUUUUUCUUAAAUAGUUGAAGAACAAGUUUCUUAAGUAGGCAUCUAAAAAUAAAUGUUCUAAAAACGUUUUUUAAAAAUGCUACCUUAAAAGUGUUUCCUGUGAGUUAUCUUUUCAAGCAUCACAAAAUAAAACAAUUGGUUAAAUGAUACAUUUUCCAAAAUUGUACCAGAAGGAUAUUAAAUGUAACACUUUUUCUCCCUGAAUGUUAAAAAUGUAACAUCACAAAAUGUACAAGUAUUAAGAUAUACUACAGCUACCAUUUUAGGGGACAAAAAGCUUAGCUGGAAAAAUGUAUAAAUCACAAUUCUUUUAGGGACUGUAGUGAUAAAUACAGAAAGUUGCAGUAUGUAAAUAGGGCACUCCUGCAUAUGGUACUUUGAAAAUUUAAGUUCAUAAAAUCUUAGGAACAUGUCUAGCUCAAAAAAGUUUGAAACUUUUUGAAGGAAAUAAAAAUAUAAUCUUUCUAA